AUGGCAGAAAACAACCAGCCGCAGAAUCGCAAUCAGCGGCGGGCUGUUGCCAAGGACACCACGAAGAAGAUGCCACAGCUUGAUCAAAGCGAUAUGGAUUUCAAGCUCAAACAACCGGACCGCUCAGGCCCCAAGGGGAAGACUUUGUACGAGCUUGCGGAGGAGCGUCGAGAGCUGCUAGCCAAGGGCCAACCAUUCGAGAAGACCGAUCACCCGGCUAAAGCACAGGACGGCGAUUUCAUGUUCAAUGACGAUCCCCUUGGUCCAGGAGGGGAAGCAAUUCUCUAUGCGUCGUCGCUCUCGAUGCUGCACUUCACCCUGGACGUACUUGUCUACAACCAGUACAGACAAGAAAUCAUCUGGAGCGAGAUCUUCAGACGGGUAGCCACUGUGUUUCCGGUUCUGAUCCUCGUGGUGUACAUGCUGCAUUCACAGACAGCCUCCCGCUUCCCGCUGCUCAAGCAGCUCCUCUUCUUUGGCACUUCGGUCGCCGCAGGCUGCUACAUGAUCUUUUCCGGAAACACGCGUGGAUACUUUGCCGUUAUGAAGAGAGCUCCCCCGGUUGGGACUUUGUGGGUUUGGAGCGUCAUUGAGAUGCAGCUGCCGUACGCUUUAGCGAGCGUCAUCGCCGUGUUAGGCUACCUAUGGUGGAACGGCUUCAAAGCCUUCUGA